UUCAAUUUCAAAUGAGGAACGAUAGUUCCUCUCUCUUGUUACUGAAACCCAUAACAACACCAAAACUGACCCCAGGAUUGGGGCUCUGGGUUGUACAAGACUCUUUUGCAGCUAGUCAGUGGAUUUUGAGCUCCAGCUGCCUCUCGUUGACAGCUGUUUCAUGGGAACCCAGGAGGGAGAGAGAGAUUGGGUAGAUGUGGCAAAUGAUCUACUCAGCAAGUGUCACAUAAAGCUGAGGCUGAGGAAACUGACGGACUGUGAUGCAAACGCUUUCAUUGCUCUGUAUGAGAACAUCUUGGGUGAGAAAGUUCCAGAUUACAUUGCAGCACCAUGCAGUCAAGAAGAGGACAUCCAUAACAUUCAGUCUGUGAUUGAUUCACUGUCCCUGGACUACCUUCAGAUCAGUCUCUCACACAUUACAGGGGAAAAUGUUGUCAGAGGGGACAAAGAAUCUAUCAGGAAUCUCCUAGAAAUCUUCGAUGGCCUCCUGGAAUAUCUCAAGGAGGAGAUAAGCGAGGAGUCACAUAAUGGUGAGGAACUGAAUGACUUUCUCAAUGAGGACGUGCCUGGUGAAACCAAGGAGACAACAAAUUGCAAUGCCACAGACCAUAAGGAGACUGAACUGGAUGGAGCAUCUUCAUCUUCCAGUAGAGAGUCCGCUGUCCACUCCAGCAAACAUUCCCUCCAUUCCUGGAGUGCUGAGGAGGUGGGAUCGGCUAGUGAGCUCGGGCUGGGAGUCUCGGCACGCACAUUCACAGCCAAACAAGAAGGACUGGCUGUCCCUCCUCAAACCUCAGAUGCGGUCGUCACCUCUGGUCCCCUGGACGGCCAGGGAGCUCCACAGACUGAACCGCUGCACUCAGCCAUCGCCCUGCAGCCACCCAACCAGAGCAACACCCCCCGUGGAUCUGACGCAGACCCACACUCACAAAGCCAACCACCUGAAGCUGAUGGCCUCAGCCAGGGGCCUGUAGGGGAGGAAGCACCUUCUGUCACUACAGAGACCUCUAGACCAGUUGCUGAGGCAGUUGCUACCAGUAGACUGCAGUCUCCUGCUGCGAGUGAGGCAUCCUUAUCCAGUCGGCAAAGAGCCAGGACAGAAGUGGAGGGGGAGGCGCUAGAGCCAACUAACGGGGGCCCCAGGAGGGUUUUAUUUCGCACCCAGCCAGACGUGCUGUUCCUCACCCUGCAGGAUGAGAUGGCAGCUACAACCCCUUCUCCACCAGACACUGAAGAGGAAGAGCAAGAUGAGGAGGAUCUGAGUUAUACACGAAGACAUCCAGGCAGAAGGAUGGGUCACAGUGAUAGGACGGGCCUCAGUGGCAGGCUGAAGGAGGGCGGUUUUGAAGAGCCUCUGUCGUAUCGUAGACAACGGAACAAGCAAGCUGAAGAGGAGCUGCACCACAUAUCUGAGAAACUCUCCCAUCGACUGGAGGAACUCGAUCAGAUGCUCAAACGAGUUCUUAGCGAAGGUGGAGAGUCCAGUGAAGUCAGAGAAGAGGACAAGCAGUCCCAUCACAGUGACAGCAUCAUGGAGUGUCGCAGGACACCCAGACAACACACAGGAACACCUGCUGCUGAAUCCACCCACCGGACACGCUCCUUAUCUCCCUCCCCUCCACGGGUCCGUCACUCCCUGCAGGGACAGUUGGAAGACGCCAUGGCAGAGGCCUUGAGUCUGGAUGAUGGAAGGCAAACCAACCUCACAGCUUCUGAUCAUUCAAGGCCAGAAAAGCUUCACCACAGACCGUCUCACAGGAAACAUAUCAAGUAUCUGGAGAAUAAGGCCUACGAGAAGGAGUUGAAAAGAUAUGAAGACAAUGAACGGGCAGAUCUAGACAAGGCACGCCUCAAAGCUCAGGAAGCUGAGCGACAGUACAGAGAGGCCAUACUAAGGGAUCUUUCCCAAGCAUCCAGACCGUCCCCAGCUAGAACAAAGGCCCAGCAUAGGUCACAAUGUAACACACAAACACCAGGACGGAGAUGGCAGGAGUCACCCAGGAAAGCUUCAUCAAUGAAGGUGAAGGAGAAUGAGCUCCUUCCUGUGCUUGUGGAGGAGUUGCCCCACCUCCACAUCUCCCCCCACGCCCUGGGUCGGAUGUGGGAGCAGCAGAUGCAGCAGGUGGACAGACUCCACGCCCUGUCAUCCUCCCACAGCCAGCGUCGCAGCAAACUCACUAGCCAGGUGGAGGAAGCCCAGAGAAAACAUGACCUGCUGGUGGAGAUAAUCCGCAAAGACCAAGACCACAACAGGCGCCUGAGGGACGUCAAAGAGCGUAUCCAGCAGCAGAAGUCAACCCAGAACAGACUGAGGGAACAGAGGCAGCAGAUAGCACGAGCUAAGAAGUAUCACAAUGACUACCAUGUCCAGCACCGUGCCCGCCUCAUGAGGGCGCGCACCAAGGAGGAGAGGAUGUUUCGGCAGCUGUUUGAGGAGGGUCUGGAGCUACAGAAAGUGCGGUUGAGAGAGCAGAGAGCCUACGCCAGGGAGCAGCAGCUGGAACAUCAGAGACGACACCAGGACCAGAUCAAGUCCAUGGAGAACUACUACAAAGACCAAUUUUCACUACUAGCUGAAAAACUUGCACAAGAACGGCAGGAGAUCCAGGUUCGGAAAAAAGCUCAAGAAAAGGCUCUGCUGAAGAUGAAGCGAGAGCUGCGUUCCAGGAUGGAGCGUGAGAUUGGUGAACUGCAGAGGAUCAUUAUUCAGAAUGAUGAGGACGACCAUUUCCAGGACCUGGAAGUUCAGAGGCUGCGCAAUCGGGUCCACAUGGCUUCCUUCCAGUACAACACUAGCUACCUGCACUGACUAGGGACUCAAGACAAAGGGCUGUUUUAAGCUCCACUCAAUCAAGGCUGGAUUUACAUCAGAGGAACAGGCUGCAAAAGACUUCAUGCCAUUCACAACUAAGGGUACGACAUUCUGAUGGCUGAAUAGUUAGGUCUCCUCUGCAGAGGAAAAUUCACAUUGUAAGAACUUACGGAAAUCCUGAUUAUUGAUUAUUAAUGAACUGAAAACACGCUGAUAAAAUGUAGCUCCAAGCUUAUUUGCUUCCUCUCACCUCAGCUGCUGUUCCUGAACUUACUGACACCUUGGACCAAGUCCCCUCCAUUGGUUUUAGUACUUGAUACCUAAGAAUGUUUUUAAGUGGCUCCCUCAUUGUGCAGUCUUUGUGUACUGAUAUUGUAGCAGGCAACUAGUAAAAAUGUUCUUCCUCUUGCCAAAUAAGGACCACAGAUGCAAAUUUAAUAAGUAUGAAUGUUACACGCAGAAUGAGUUUUAACCUCUUUUUCCCCACAUAUAUGUGCGAUGUCUGUUUUAACCAUGCCAGUGGUUUAUUUAUUAUUUAACUUUUAUGUCAUUUGAUUUUUAAUUAACCUAGUGUUGUGCUGUCUGACCACCAGGGGCGAUGAUAAUCAGUCUUUCGUGACUUCUCCUUUUCCUCAGCUCCAUUGUGAUUGUUUUUAACUCUCAGCCAGAACUUAAGACAUGGUCGUUUUUAACCAAUACACAGAGGUUGCAAUGUUAAAACGCUGUCUACUGAUUUUGUGAAUUGUAUCCAAUGAGCACACGCACGCCCCACCACCAUCUAAUAAAUGUGUGGGCUCACUCGUCUCUCUGGGUGCGUCACAAUUAAGGUGCUGAUUGUUUUGGUAUUUUA